AUGGCCCAAGGCCACUAUGUCAGCCACCUGCGCAUAAUUAACCGUCCUAGUGCCAUCAUCCCCUACUCCUCCCUGACGCUGACGGUAAUUUUGUUUUUCACCUCACCCACCCAGGCCCUCCCCCCAAACCCCAGCUACAGGAAACUCCUGUUUGCUCGCAUUUUAUUUUUAAUCAUUUCGAAAGCAAUAUAAAUGUAUAGGCCUGAUGAGAACUGAUGGAAAGUUUGCGUAUGCUCGCAAAAUUGUCUUUAAAUUAUAAAUAUGCAGCUGUAUAGACGUAUCACAUUCGCUUUGACGUAUAGUUUUAAAGUUUUGGGAAUUGAACUUGCAGAUGCAUUGUAAGAGCCUGUGAACUUCUAUGCACAACAGACUUGGAAACGUUUCCCAUGUUUGCUGUGGAUCAUUGUUUAGUGGAUGGUUAUUUUUAAGCCCUCGAGUCUUAUGAUAGUAAGGCAUUUUUCAACCAAUCAACUGGUGUUUUUCAUGCAAAAUCCUUGAUGAGUCCUCAAAUGUUUCCAAGAGCCCACUCUUCCAAAAAGAUCAACCUUGAACUUUAAGUCACAAAGCUUUUAUGAUCAAAGCUAACCAAUUGUAGGAAGAAGACUUGACCGACUGUGGACAAGCGCAUUCUGAAUUGCAUUAUGAAUGACGUCGAAGGUUAAUAUUUUGCAGGGAAAUGUACACUUGCUAAUGUGGCCUAAGGUAAGACUUUAAUCUUUACGGCUCAAAAAUUUUCCGACCAGAUAUAAAGGGCGAAGGCGGUAAAGUGGAUGGUUUCUAAGUUAGGAUAAUGAGCAUCCAACCGAUGUAGUACAAGCCUAAUGUGUCGAAUAAAAUGGCUUACAAAAAGCAUAUUACAACGGAAAUACUUGGAGACAGGUCGACUACCAAUAACAGAAAUGUAUUUUGUCAGAUCUUCCACGUUGUUCCAGAAACACUAAUGCAAACAUUUCUGUUGAUAGAACUGUUUAAGUAUAUUCGAUUCUGUACCAAGCAAGGAUUCAGUUUACCUUUGCGGCAUUCGUCAAUCCAUGGACUCCUCUGCGUCCCCGACUCGUCUGUGUGGGACACACUGACUGAAAGUAGAAUUCAAAAUGCAACUGGUGAUUAAUCCAUGUAAAGAUUGAAAGUCGAUAUCAUAACCUGUACUGAGUCCUCCCGUCUUUUUCAAUUAUCAAUCCCGUCAACAUAUUCAGGAUUUACGUUUAGUAAGUAUCGGUGGAUGGCCGAGAGAGAUGCUGGGUCUCCGAUGAAGCCACUAACUUAAUUCGAGCACACGUGUCUCCGACCUUUACUACACUUGACCUACAUAAUUUCGGACUUAGUCUGCAUCGACAAAGCGGCAGAUCACACAGGGCUAUCCACGUGCACUUCGUCAUUGCGUGUUUUUACGGAGGUUAUCGUCCGCAAAUUGGAGACUGGCACCAUGCAUCAUCGGUUGGUCGCGAGAUGUACAAGGUGAAUGUAUCAUUUAAUCCCCCUGACUGCAGUUAUUGCAUUAAUUCUCUGAUGACGACGCCUGUUAUUCUUGGAGGAAAAUGCAAACUCCUUGUUCCGACGCCCGCGUGUUCUACUAGGGUGCUUCCCGAAACUGACUUAUUUGAAUCUAGAGGCAACCUGCAUUUUUCCCCAAAGUAUUCAAACGCGUUGAGCAUACCGCUCUUGUAACAAGAAUAAUUUUAGGGCGGGAACGCAGUCUUUUUUUAAACUGUGCAUCAGUGACCCUGGCUGCACGAAAAGUCAGACUUUUUGUAGGAGUCCUUGCAGAAGUGUCGGCUUUGGGCCGAGAUCAAAUGUUUUCUUCCGCGCUGUCUAAUGCUCUUCAUUUUUAGUCCUUAUAUAUUAACUUGAAUGCCUUGUUGGCACAGGUUUAUUCCGGGUGUCAUUUUGGUGGAUGACGGUUGACUGGAGCAGGCUCAGCGUUUUGGCUCAAAAGUAGUGGUUUUGCUUCAAUUUGCAUGUAGAACGAAUGAAAAAGUACCUUUACUGUAUAAAAUACGAAAUUGCAAAAGAGUGCUCUGACUGUCGAAGCAUUGAAAAGUAUUCGCAAAUCGAGCGAUACUUAGAAGUCCAUGGACGAUCUGAAUAACAGAAGUAUGCGCUGCUUGGGUUUACAUCCAUCUGUCUUGAGAAACAACCUCGAGUUUUACCCUUCUGCACCGACCGAUAUUUGCUGUGGACGUGCUCACUUAUAUCGCUAGACCUUCGCUUCAUUUUUUACUUUUGCGUCUUGACUGAUUCCAUCAUAAUAACCUGUAUUGUCUAAUUCUUCCCUUCACCCAUACUCAGAAGAUGCCCUUGAAAGUUCGAGUGCCCACUUUUGCAUUCAAGCAGAUAUCAAGCGUUAUCAAAAUGGCUCGGUGAAAAGGCACCUUUUCUCGUUCCAAGCUUUAUAUUGUAUACCAUUUCACAAUUGACUUUGAAUGUUCUCUCCAAAUUAGUGAGGGUCUCGUCUUUUGUUUAGGUCUGUCGUGAAAAAGGCCAAAAAUGCAUGCAAACUAGUGUAAGACAGUGACUGUAUCGCGUCCAUAUGCAUGUUCAAAAACUUUAACAAUCUAUGCUUUAAAAUCUCUGAAUCAAGCCUACGUAUGCUCUUCUACUUUCUUGGACCUAAGGCGUCUUCAAAAACAAUAAAGAUCAAAGUCAUCCAAGUAGGUUUGAAUUGCAUGCACAAGCUAUAUUAAAAAACAAAUCCAAAGUUUAAAUGGAAAAUACUAUAAAUUCAAAAAUUCCUAUGAAUGUCAAAUGCAAAAGGACCACCAUUUGGUGAAUAGUGACUUAUGAGCAUGAAACCCCUCAUAAGGAGUAAGGUGACCAAAACUCAUUGAUUGCAUAGGAAUUCUCAUCUCAUUUGCCUCAUUCUAUGGGCCUAUUUCGACAAUCUUUCGAAAGAUUAUCAAUGCAUAAUUAGUGAUGAAAGCUGGUGGUGUAAACGUCACAUGGGUAUCUUCAGAUUUCAAUCGGACAUAUUCGCUCCAGACAUAACCCACCAUUAUAGUGACCUUCCGCUGCUGACUCUGGUUUGCAGGCUUUGGUUUAUUUAUCGAGCUGGUAGUUGGCUUCGUAGAAUGACACGGUGGAGUUAGCACUUUGAAAUAGUCGCUGCAACGUAAACUGCAUAGUUGUUGAGGCCGGAAGAAAGAUUACGAGCACGCUAGCGCUAGUCAUCUCCAGCGGUAAACACUUCGUUUUAUGUCCGUCCCUUCGUCUUUCAUUGGAUUGCAUUCCGUUACUUUGGCAACGACGACAUACGGCGUCGUUUGAGAGCCGUUCCAGUUUAUACCUGCAGCUAUUGUUCGUUUCUUUCUGAAUUGUAGGAUGAUAUCCAACAACCGGUGCUCAUGACACUGCUGCCGAGCUCGGACAAGAGUUACCCAAAUCUGUCCUCAGAGGGUUCCCUUAUGAGCAACAUAGUGUACAUUGACGAGUCCGUUCGAUUCAGCCCCACCCGUCCAAAAGUAAUUGAAAAGAACAACUCAAUUCUUAGCCGCCCUGAAGCUCAGUGGGCUAUUGGGCGAGAUCAUCGGCAGAAGUUAGCAAUCACACCUAUCUACGGACUUCCUCGAUUACCUCAAACUUCCGAAUCUACGUUGCAGAAUGCGGCCCAGGGAACUUAUCCAGCUGCUCAAUAUGACGCAAAUACGUCCACAGACGCCAAGCCCUACCGUCUUCUUUUACCCUCCAGGUCCUGUGAUGAACUUAAGGAUGCCCUUUUUAACAAAUGCGAUAACGUAACAGGAAACAGGCCAGAAUUGACAUCUUCGAACUUAACCGGUGCCCAGAUAGAAAAUGUUCCUAAAGACAACAACACCUACAGCGUUCUCACAAGCCUAGUGAAAAAUGUGAUCUCAAAGAAGUCGCCCGGUUCUGGCGUAGAAAAUGGUUAUCGGAGUCCGGAUGCGGCAGACUUCACUGACGAAUACACCCCCAUUACUCCAACUACUCAGAGCGCUCACUCUGGACAGGGAGAGACUGCAUUCAAAAUUGAUUGUGAAGGCGGAGCUGCAGGUAGGCAGGAAAGCCCCGGACAAACUAGCCUUCGCACGUGCGAGACAACUAGUUUCGUCUAA